GUAAAGGCUGCCGAAAAGACGAGAGCCUUCUCCUGCUAGAGGCGACUCCACCAUACCAUUCAUCGGCAAGUAAACAGAUUGUGCUUUCGAGAGACGCCUAUGCUUUGCCUCUUAGUUUCUGGGCUGCUAUGGAUGCCCCGUUACACUCUUGGAAUAUCCACUCAUCGAGUUCCUUGGUCGAUGCACGGACGCGCACCUGCAAUUUCCCUGUCCCGACUUGUUCCCCCGUUUUUCCUCCAUUGCACCCUGCGCCUUGCCGGCUCGUCCCAUCGCGGACGGAGCGUGUACCAAUAAGCAACAUGGAAUGGAAUGGGCGAGAAUCACGAGGCGCAAGCGUCGCAGACUCGGCAGACUCCUUAGCAGAAUGGGUCGCGCGUUCGUGCAUUGCAGAUGACUGCGACGAUGAACUCCAGCCGUUGGAUCUUGACAUGCCGGACCGCCGCUCCCGAUGCCCCGGAUUCCCCUACGCCAUAGGCCUCGACCGCCCUCCCUCCCCGUUCCUGCGCGAUUUGCCGUCGCUUCGCGGCAUUCAUUCGGACGCGGCGGCGCGCGACGCGGAUGAGAGCAGCAGCAGCGGCAGCGGCGGCAGCAGCAGUAGCGGCAGCGAGUGCAGCAGCGGAAGCUCGUCGCGUUCCUCGUCGCCUCCAACGUACGGCGCUCGACAGUGUCCAACGGGCGGCACCUCAGCGUGUUCCCCGGGGACCGCGUGGUCCGAGGAACGGCCUUCUCUAGUGAUAGUAUCCUCCCCUUCUCCAGCGGCGGAGCGUGCUUCCAUUCUAGGUGCUCCCUCUUUCCACGACGCACACCAUAUGCGACGAGACGUGGAAGCGUGGGAGUUGCCGUCCACCGCUGCCGGCAAGAUUCCGCCGCUGUCGCCGCAUCAACACUGUUGGCAACAACACCUGCCGCAGCCAAAGCCGCCGCCGCCGCUGUCGCCGCGGCACGUCCAUCAAGGACCAGUCGUCCUGCGACGCGGCUACCACGUGAUGGCUCCUCCUCCUCCAGCGGUGGCGGCGAGUCUGAUGUCCCCGCCGCCUCCGCGCCCGUGUUUUCCGCCCGCGCCGGGGCCAGUGGCCGCCGCGCAGCGGGUCAACAUGCUGCAGCCGCCGCCGCUGUUCCCUCAUGCUAGCCCGACGAUACUAGUGCCGGAAAUUCCGCCGCCGGCUACGAACGCACCAGCGCCGCGGCAACACGUGCCACGGUACUACCCACAUCCUGCGCCGCCGUAUGGCAAUUCGCCACGUGGCCAUCCAGGGCCCUUCCCGAUGGCUGGCCACGUCGGCAAUUUCCACGCAGGCGCGGGGUUCCUGCCGUCGCCGCCCGGACAGGCGUGCCUUGCGGCGCCUUGUGCUGCACCGCGAGGGCUUCCCAGCUCCCCGCCCGCUGCUUCUCGCCCUGGACGGGGACUUGUGAUGAUAGGGCAUCAUGGUAUGGGACACGAGGUGUUGCAGGGAGUGGCGUGUGGGACGGCGCAAGGGACGUCGCACGGGGCAGCGCAAGGGACUUCGACGGCGCAAGGGACAACGCAAGGGGCAGCGCACGGGGCAGCGCAAGGGGCGGCGCACGGGGCAGCGCAAGGGGCGGCGCACGGGACAGCGCAAGGGGCAGAACAAGGACCUCUGAUGCACGGGAUGGUGGCGCACGGGACGGGCGUGUUUCACCCUCGAGUGGCAGCAGCAGCACCGCAGCACUGCAUGGCGGCAGCGGUGCGCUUCGUGAUGCCGCAGCCUGCUAACCUGAUCUGCGCGGCAGGGCAGAGCGGCGCGGCCAUGUACCUGCCUGCGCGCCUGGUGCAUCUGUUCGGCCUGCGCGCCGAUGCACACAACAACGUGCUUGUCGGCCGCCCCACCCCGGCUGCUGCUGCUGCUGCUGCUGGCGGCGGCGGCGGUGGUGGCAGUGGCAUUGCUGCCUGUUGUGAUGCUUCUCAGGAUGCCAGUGCUAGAAAGGAGGGGUGUGAGUGUGACGAGGCUGGCGCAUUGAGUGGAUCAGAGGGAGCGCGGGGACGCGUUGGGGAAGGAGGAAAGUGGAGGACUAGCAGUGGUGUGGCAGAUGGUGCUCUCCCUGGAGAGUGGACAUAUUAACGAUCAGAGGGGCCAGACCUGAGCCUGGUUCUGGAGAAUAAACGCUUGGAAUGGGACCAUGUGUAAGCUGUGCUGGUUGCAUGCCUGCUGUUGAUGGAGGUGGAUGAAAGACGUGUGGCCGGCCAGCUAGGUGUCCUUACUUAGACUUGCAUUGCAUAGGAUGCCAAUCAAUUUAGUAGCAUCUCGUGUAGAUGCAUGGUUGAUUAUUUCUGUGCAUUAAUAAUGGCA